UUCCUGCGUUUUUUUAUCUACGUUCUGCGUUUACAUCAUCUGAGCCUUUUUUGACCUGGUUUGCUACUGAGUAGAGUUUGUAAUUAACAAUCCCUCGUUCGCAUGUGAUUUUCACAGUCUGUAAUCUAUUUGAUUUUUUUCGUAUUACCUAAGAUAACAUUUCCGCAUCCCAGUGGAAAAUAAGGUUGUCAUUUCAAUUGGUGAAAUCCGUGAGAACAGGGUGUACUGUGGAUUGCAAAGGCAGAAAUGUGUCCAUUCUCCAUAAUGAUUGUUACCAGUGAAGUUACCACUGUUUUAGGGCCAUGCCAGAUUGCAGAUGAAAUCCUGGAACUGCCCAAAAAGGACUACGUAAUGAAAAAAAAGGCAAGGAAACAAAUGCCAAAAGAAGACGCGAUUCCGGGUAGACUGGCAUGGCGUCCUACGCUGCUGUUACAGUAUUUACCACCAGUUGUCAUCUUCCAAUACCUGUCGUCAUAUCCCAUCCGCGUUCUGUCUUCCACCGCAACAAAACAAAUUGCGCAGCCAGUUGCGGAUCCCAUAAGCUCUUGGGUUGAGCAAGUGUGCCUGCGGAGUUUUCUGUUAUGCCAUUCUACAAAAACAAAUAUUUGGCAAACAAAUCCCGUACCUCACAUCAUUUCACGCCAUUUUCAAGGGACGGCUUCUACGGUCCACGGGCGAGCCUUUUAAAUAAAGACAUUUCCCUUUGACAAUGGAGAUCCUUGAAAUCUCUCAGUUGGAUCGUGCCGAAAAGAAAUCGGUCGAACAGAUAAAAGAUCACAUGAAGAGCAGCUAUAAUUCACUGGUCCGCAUGAAGAUGCGUUUGGAACAGACAAAAGCCAAACUCGACGCUAUUGAGCAUGAUCUGGGAAAGACGGCUCCGAUGCAGCAGGAUCGGGUGGAUAACGAAACCUCUUCAGUGGGAUGCAAUACCUUUAUCCGCUGGAUCAGACGAACGAUUUGUCAGGCUCUGGAAAGCGAGGGGCGUAGAAAUCAGCAGCUGAUCUUGGAAGUGUCAAACGUGCUUAUCAUAUCUGCCGAUGAGCGACUGAAGAUAACCAACGACCUCAACAUUGUUGGUAUCCAAAUCCACAACGAUGCACGCUGGCUCACGCUAGCUCACGUGCGCAUCAGAAUACUAUUAUCAGAAACGUCUACACUGGAUAGCACCACCAUGGUAAACUGGUUUGAAACAUUCUCCGGCUCUAUUAAGGAGUUGAUGAUAGAGCAGGCAGCACAAGAGGAGCGCGUUCGGAAACUUAUCAGAGGAAACUAAAGGACUUUCGGUUACGAACGUUUCUGCUCUUUUUAUUAUUAAUAUUACAAUAGUAGGCUUAUACGGUUUUUUUUCUCUGUCUCAUCAUCGUUUGCACUGUGUUUUGCUGCCAGUUAUUUCAUUUCGGGCAUUCUUAACAUAUAAAUUAUUGUUGUGCUUGUGCAUAUUCUUGCAUUAGACUUUGCGGCCUGUUUAUUUUGUUCCAUGAAUGCUUGACUUUU